AUGAAGCUGGUGACACUGAUUGAACAAGAUAUGGCAAACUUGCAGAGAAACACACAACAGAUAGCCCAUUAUUUAAUAAUACAAAAUGUGACAUUGGCUGAUGGUGGAUAUUAUAUGUGUAUAGCAACAAACCGAGCCGGGACUGAUAUAAAAGCUGUCCAUGUACAUGUUAUUGCAAAACAUACAUUGCAUGUAGCCCCAGUGAUUACAGCUCCUUCUGAGGUGACAGUGUUUUAUUAUACAGAAGCUAAAUUAGUUUGCAACGUUACAGGAUAUCCAACCCCUGAUGUAAAAUGGCUAUACAAUCAUGAAGACUACAAUGCUACUGGUGACACCUUAAUUAUAUCGACAGUUACAAAUGCCACUAUCGGACUCUACACUUGUAUUGCAACAAACGAUGCUGGUACAAGUCAAGCAAAAAUAAUACUUAAGGUCACCUAUGAUGCACCUACUAUAGUGUCUCCACCACUGCCAUCUAUUAGUCAACCUGGUGAUUCUCACAAUUAUACAUGUCUAUCUACUGGACACCCUCCUCCGAUUAUUACAUGGAAGUUCAAUUCGUUUUUUCAUCAGUCAUCGAGUUUACCACGCCAUGUAAAGUUUGACAAUGGUACAAUUUUGCAGUUGGUCAACAUGCAGGCAUCUGGUUUACUAUCGUGUACAGCUACAAAUGAGUUUGGUACAGAGUCAGCAUCAGCACAUGUUAUUGUUGAGCAAUCAACAGAUGUCAUUGGUUAAGAUAACGGUUACGUGUCAACUAAUGGUCUACUAAAGAUAUUCUAUCAUCGUACCUACGUGUUUUGAAAAUCCGAUUCAGAUCUGGUCUUCUUCACAAAAGAUGCUCUAAUGUUUAGAUAUCCAUUAUUAUG